CCAAAUAAUUUAACCUGUUGGACUAGUUAUCCAACCCGUCUAUUUUGCCACCUCUAACGAAAACCCGGCCAUGGCAGGCAACAUAAAUUUUCUCCCUUGUUCUUGUUCAUUUCGAUUAUUUUGUAAGUUCAAUAUUGAUGAUGAUGAUGAUGAUCAAGAACCAAAUUUCCGAUCUCAAUCAUUCUCACAAGAAUCUUUCAACUCUUCUUUCUCCUCGAGAUCAAGCCUUCCAACUUCAAUAUCCGCCAUGAUUCCACCAUCAACCACCCUCCAACACCAUUGUAUCUCCACAUUUAAACCGGAUUCUUCCCAUAUCCUUUCUCUAACCAUCUCCGAAAACCACCUCUUCAUUGGCACAUCCACCCACAUCCACCUUCUCCCUACCACCAAUGACAACAAACUCAUUUCAAUUCCUUGUAAUAGCGCGGUCAAAUCUUUCCACAUCCUUAAUGAAGAUAUACUAAUCACUGCCCACCAAGAUCAUAAAAUCCGUAUUUGGAGAAUAAAUAAACUCAAAACUGUACCAUCAGGAAUAGGUUCUGAGUUCAAGGGCAAGGCCCGUCAGGACAUAAAGUACAGUCUUAAAAUCAUUACAACUUUACCAACCUUAAAAGACCGUUUAACAAAAAUUCUAUUUGCCAAAAACUAUGUUACAAUUCGUCGUCAUAAAAAACUCACAUGGGUCCACCAUAUCGAUGCAGUAUCCUCAUUAGCAAUCUCAAAGGAUAAAUCAUUGAUUUACUCUGCUUCAUGGGAUAGAAGCUUCAAGGUUUGGAGGGUAUCCGAUUUCAAGUGUUUGGAAUCAGUUUCAAAUGCACAUGAUGAUGCUAUUAACGCUAUUGUGCUAUCUAAUGAAGAUUUUGUAUACACAGGUUCAGCUGACAAGAAAAUAAAAGUAUGGCAAUAUAACAAAAUGGAACGAAAACACGAGCUAAUUAGCUCAUUAUUGCACCAUAAGUCCGCGGUGAAUGCGUUGGCUUAUGAUGCUAGUUCGUGUAUAUUGAUAUCCGGGGCGUGUUCAGGUGUUAUGAUAGCGAGUGAAAGGAAGUUUUCGGAUGAUGAUCAACAUAUGGUUGUGAUAGGGGCACUUUUGGGCCAUAAAAAGGCCAUUUUGUGUGUGAAACUUGUCAAGGAGUUGGUAUGUAGUGGCUCAGCUGAUAAGACGGUGAGGUUAUGGCGGAGAACGGUGGGGGGAAGUUAUUCGUGUUUGGGUUUCUUGGAUGGUCAUGGUGGUCCGGUGAAGUGUUUGGCAUUCUCGAAUGAUAGUGAUAGUGAUAGUGAUGGUGAUGGUGAUGGAAGAGGGUACAUGGUUUAUAGUGGUGGUUUGGAUGGUGAUAUCAAAGUAUGGAAAGUUUGGGUUCCAAGUCUUUGAUACUUGUUGACACAAAAACAAAUUUUGGGAUUGUUAUUUCCUUGAUGAAGAUGUUCUUCUUGUAAGGAAUUUUUUUUUUUUUUGGUAUUAUAUGCAUUUCAAAUAGCAACUACUACGGUAUAGA